CCAGCCGCGGCGGUGGCGCCGGGCAUGAACGGCUUCGCCCCCGAGGAGGUGACCCAGCGCGGGGCAGACCCCGCCGCUGCCGCCGCGGUGGUGGGCAAUGCGGGCUCCGCCGUGGAGGUGCCGCCGCCUCCCGCGGCGCCGGGGCUGGGUCCGGCUGCCGCCGCGGGCUCGGCGAGUGCCGGGUGCGCGGGCGGCCCCGGUGCCGGGCAGCUGUGCUGCCUCCGGGAGGAGGGGGAGCGGUGCGGCCGCGCCGCCGGCAACGCCAGUUUCAGCAAGCGGAUCCAGAAGAGCAUUUCGCAGAAGAAGGUGAAAAUCGAGCUGGACAAGAGCGCAAGACAUCUGUAUAUUUGUGACUUCCACAAAAAUUUAAUUCAGAGUGUGAGAAAUAGAAGAAAGAGGAAAGGCAGCGAUGAUGAUGGCGACUCACCAGUGCAAGACAUCGACACUCCAGAGGUUGAUUUAUAUCAGUUACAAGUAAACACACUUCGAAGGUACAAAAGACACUUCAAGCUACAGACCAGACCGGGACUUAACAAAGCACAGCUUGUUGAAAUAAUUGGCGGCCAUUUUAGGACAAUUCCAGUGAAUGAAAAGGACACCUUAACAUACUUCAUCUACUCGGUGAAGAAUGACAAGAACAAACCAGAUCUAAAGAUGGAUAGUGGGGUUCAUUAGGCGGAAAAGGUUGGGACUCAGAGACUCAGGCCGCAAAUCAAAAGACUGAGGUUUUGUUGAUAUGCAGAAGCUUUCUUUGUAAUUUUUUUUCUCCUGAGAACAAUUGUCUCUGUUUUAUUUUUCAUAACCUUGCUGAUUUGUUUGAAAACCAUCUCUUAUGAAACAAAUUUCCUCAGCAAAAAUAUUUUAAAUAAAUAUCACAGGUAUUGUUGCUCGAGUGGGUGUGUCUGUAACUUUAGUGAGUUGGACUUGAUGAUCCUGAUGGGUCCCUUCCAGCUCAGCAUAUGCUAUGAUACUUGUAUCUAAUAGUUAAGCUUUGAAUUAUGUAAUAAUAUUAAAAUAUUUUUCAAUUAAAGUGUGCCAAGGAUAUAUUUAUGAAUGUACUUAAAGUUCUCAUAAUGCAAUGCCUUUAAUUUAAAAAAAAGCUGUAGCAGACCUGGCAAUAGGUUCUUUUUCGUAAGGUAAAAGGCUUUAAGUGACAGUUCCAGUAGUUAGCUGGGCAGAAAUGGCUGAAUAACACUUUCUUUUCCCCUUUGGAAACAAGAAUUGAUGGAAGUUUUUCUGAUUUGUUUAUUCACUUUGUCCAUGCUGAGAUACGUGCUUCCCAGCUCUGAGGCCAUCCUACUCCUAUAUUAAAGUGGAAAAAAAUGCUGUUCUCAAAUUUCAAAGCUGUAAGUACGGAUGAAGAGACUGCUGCAGCUUACUGUGCUGAGAAAUCCUUCAACUCAGUAAGAAAUCCUUUAGCUGCUGACUUUUCCAUUCAUCUACAUGGACUGCUGCUAAGAACUUAAUUGGAGAAUGAGAGUCAGAGUCUGUGCGGGGUCAAUACAGUAUCUUCUAAUAGGCAUACUGUUUCUUUUUCAUUGCAUGCAUCAGCUCAGGCUUGUUUAAAAAGAAUGACAAACCCUCACAAUAAAACCAAAACUUCUGGUAACAUAUGAGAAAAAUAUCCAGCAAUACUUAUGCUUUCAAUUGAGUGUCUUAGUAAAGUCUGAUGUUGAAGAUGGUAUUACAAAUGACUUCUUGUAUUAUCCUUUUAACUAUUGUGCCAGUCCAAAUGUGUGGUGUAUGGAAUAUCAUUUCUUUCUGCUUUAAACUGUGCACAUAGGUUGAAGAAAAAGCUGAGGGAAAAUAGUUUUCAUCUUAAAGCAGAGGAGGACACAGCUUCAGCUUGUUCAGUAGGCAUUAAAUUGCAACUCCUAACCUUAUCAGAUGUUUAUAAGCUUUUUCUUAAUUUGGGAAAAAUGAAAAAGCAGUAUGUCCAUGGUCUAAUCUGCUCGAUACUUACCUUGUGAGGUUUUUUUUGAAAAUUACUACUUUUCUGGCAUCACUGCAACUAAGAUGCUUUACUUUGCUUUUUUUGACCUGUGAUGCUUGCAUAGAACUGAAUGAUGGUAAACCCUAAUCUCAAACUGGCUGUCUUCCCAGUA